CACCAUCCAAUCGUUAGGUUGCGCGAAGGCUGCAGUUUCAGUUUGUUUUAUUCACCAUUUUGAGUAGCUGAAGGUAAAAUUUAAACUAAAUACUUUCGUAAAGCAGGAAUAUUUCCCGCAUUGUUUAAUUUUUACCACAAGGGAGAGGGCGUUGGUUUUGCGACGUCACCCUCGUGCGUUUUAAAAUACCACAUUUUGUUUGCAUUUCCCUGCUUUUCUUUUGCUCUUUCACAUUUUUAACCUCUACAGUAUUCCUGCAAAAUGGCAAGACCAGUGAGGAACAGAAAGGUGGUGAAUUACUCCCAGUUUAACGAAUCUGAUGACGCAGAUGAGGAUUAUGGGAGAGAAAAGGAAACAACUAAGAAGAUACGUGCUCCACCUCGUGAAAUCAAGCACAAGAAAUCUAAGAAUUCGCAGGAAGAGAGCGAGGAUUCGGAUGACAAACUCUCCAAACCAAAAAAUGAUUCUGCAGAUGACUUGGGUAGUGAUGAAGACAACAACUUCGGAGAGGAAGAGGAAGAUGAAGAUGGAGGAAGCGAUUAUGAUGAUAAAAAGGCCAAGAAGGGAAAGAAAGUAAAGGUGGAGAAGCCAGGCAAAAAGCCACUGAAGAGGAAACGAGGUGGAGAUGAUAGUGAUGACGAUAAAGAGGUGAGCAGGAAACCGAGGCAGGUGAGGCAGGCUGCGUCAAAGGCCGUGUCCAAACAGAGAGAAAUCCUUCUGGGAGACGGAGGCAGUGAGGAUGAGGAAAAAGAUGAGGAAGAACAAGCAUUCCUGGACCAAGAGUCAGGCAGUGAUGAAGACUUCAUGGUUGAUGAUGAUGAUGACAGCGACUAUGGGGGCUCCAAAAAGAAAGGCAAAAAAGUGGUGCAGAAAGGAGGAAGGAGAGUGGAGAAGAAGGACAAGAAAUCCCCUAAACCCCGGCUAAAGGCCACAGUGAACCCUAGCCCCAUGAAAGGCAAAGGGAAAGGUCGCCCACCUAAAGCAGUGGAGAAAUCCUCGCCAAAAGAGGACGAGGAACCUGAGAGCCCCCUUGAAGACGAGGAGGAGGAAGAGGUGGAGAAGAAAGAGUCUCCUCCAUCCAAAAAGACAAAGGAUGACGCCCCUGAAGACGAGGAAGAAGACGAGGAAGAGGACGGCUCAGAAGAGGAGGCUCCAUCUGGGGAAGACUAGCCAUGUUAUUCACGUCAUCCCUUUCUUCUUCUACUACCCUUUACACUCUUUCCUUUUUUGCUUUUUUUGGGGUGGGGAGGGGUGGGGGGUGGGUUGUUUGCAUUUCAGAUUUGUCUGAUGUGGCCUGGCUCAACGGUUUGAACUUUCUCUUUUUUUGUUGUUUUUUUGUUUGUUCACCUAUAAUUUUCAUAUCGCAAAAGGAUGAUUUCCCCUGAACUUGUUAGCAUAUAUAUCUAUAUAUAUUAUUGAGUGUCCGAAUCUGUUUAUUUAUGGGUAUAUAAUCUCGAGGGAAGCCCAUCGUUCCAACCAGUAGCUUCGCCGCGUGCCCAGGGUAAUCACAAAAAAAGCUUUUGCGCUCAUUCUUUUCAGUAACAUGUAUAAAGCCUAACAUCCACUCUGCACUGUUGCGACCGAUGAUCUUCAUUCACGAAAUUAAUGCUGUGUAAAAUGCUCGUAAAACCAUUCUUGUGUAAAUUAUCGCGACUAAGGGCCUCACUCAUGCAGCGCUAAAAAAAAAUGCAAUUGUCUACAAACUGUUAGUCAAUGCACUGCAGUUUGCACAAUAUUGUGCUUGUUUAUCAAACGAGGACCAAAUAGUUGCGUUCGGUUUUGCAAGCAACACCGUGUUUUCUAAAAUUACUACAUGAAACAACAAUUUACCUACGAAUAGUUUUGCGAAGUUUUGCUACGGUGUUUCCUGAAUGAUAUCCGAUGCGUUUGUUUGUCGCAAUCCGUAAUAGUUCACCGCGUUUAUUUUGGUCGUGCUUAUCCCAAGAUUGGUUUUGUAUUUAUUCAACAUGCGCUUUCAGCUCUUUUACACUGAAGAUGGACAAACUGACAACUAAUGCUCAUGUUUUGAGAAUUUCUUUCGUCGUGGUACACAAGCUAUCCAGGGUUUGUGGUUUUACCUUUUAAAUAAACGAUUGUCUCCAUAUGUGUAGUUUGAACCAUAAUGCAGUUAGUGUUUUAAUAGAAUACUCUGGGUUAAAAAUGGGCCGAAUUCAGUUUAUGAAAUCUAAAGAAUUACCUUAGAAAGAAUUACCUUGAUCUCUGUAAUAUGCAUUUGUUUAGUUUUUUCUCAUCCACCAGAUCAUCUCGUGUAAAGGCUGCAGUACGAAUGCUAUCAUCUCUAUUCGCAGUGUGAGUGUGCUGAGAUCAGGCCUUAAAUGGUUAAUUGCAUGGGAAGUAGGAAUCUGAAGUCUCGCGUACUCUUUCUGCCUUACAAAGCCUGUUUAUUUCAUUUUUUUGAUAUUGUACCGCAAAGCUAAAAGUUCAAAAACCGCUAGUAUCUUUGACUCGUGCCCGUUUUUGUCCAGAGAUUGUUUUGCCGAAUGUUGAGGGAUCUCUUCAGUUGAGCAAAUAACAUUUUAAAGAGUCAAACAUUGUUAUUCUUCAGCCCUGGAUCAGAUGCGUUUGUAAUCUCAUAACGGAGAGGCAUUGUGAGGAUGGAGAAUAAUUGUACUAUUCAUACCUUAUGUGUGUUUGCUCAUUAAAUAUCUAUUUCUGUUGCUGCUUGUUUUUAAUUUGAGACACAUAUGACGUAUAUACCAUGAUGCUUUUCUGUCUACAGCGCAUACAUGGCAUUCUGACUAGGUUCGAUCCUUUCUGCCAGGCAUCUCUGAAUAUUUCCACUCGUGCUGUCUAUAAAUUGGUUUUUAACCUAGCUGUCCAAAAAUGUAUGAAUGUUUUGUUUUUUGUGCUUGAUUAAAUUUACUUUCUUUUUUUUCCUCCUCA